CUGUUACGCCUCCCAUUUCUCUCUCUCUCUCUCUCCGUGCAAAGCGCCAACUGUGUCUUCCAAGUCUGCCUCCAGUUUCAGAAAAUGCUUUGAACAUCACCAUCUCUUGUCAUUUGCUUCUAACCUGACAAGAGUUUUUAGGAUAAAUCUGCAAAAAGCAUGGCAUCAUCGGAGAAUUUGGCCAGUUUUGAACCAUUUCUCUUUAGACCCACCUUUACUGACUCAUGGAUUGCUGAAGCUUAUGCUCGCGACACCGAUGCUCUAACCAAAGCUCUCCAGAAAACCUUUUCCAAUGAUAUUAACUCUACUUCUUCCUUCUCCAUUUCUGAAACGCUCUCUCCCGAUUUCUUAGUCAACCUCGUUUCGGGCUCCCAAACCCCACCGCCGGCUACUCCCACCGCCUCUAACUUUUCGGGUUCUGACCCUGAAACUGCAGCUCCCAAGCGCCAGCGAAACGGGAUCGGGAUCCUAGGUGCUCCUUUCAAAGUUUCGAAACGGAAGUCUCGUGCAACUAAGCGCUCUCAGACCACGUUCAUAACAGCUGAUCCGGCCAGCUUCAGGCAGAUGGUGCAACAGGUUACCGGCGUUAGAUUUGGUAACGCUCAGAUGCCUGCCAUACCAGUGCUGAAGCCGGAGCCACAGAGACCUGGUAACCGGUUGAAUGGCGCUGGAGGGUGCUUGCCGACCUUAGAUACGUCGGCGUUUAUGCUGGAUCAUCAUCAUGAAGAGCAACAGCAAACGAUUGUGGGCUCGGGCUCUGGCUCUGGCUCUGGCUCGGUCUCUGCACCCGUUAAUGGGUCCGGGACAGUUUCUUUUCCACAACCCGUGGUAUCUGAUGGCGGGCCUCAUGCUGCGCUAGACUUUGACACUUAUUCGAGCUUUCCUACUCUAGAGUCGUGCCUGUCCUGGAAUUAGCCCCUUUUUUUAUAAUAUAUUAUAUGUAUUUUUCCUUUUAAAUUAUAUUAGAGAGGCCUGUAGUUAUGCAGUGGAGAAUUGUGACUUUUGAUCUGUCUAUAUUUUAGUGGGUGGCCUUUGUUUGGGUUAGUUUUCUUGUUUAUUAAGUAUUACAUAAUAUAUGGUUACUUUCAAUGUGCA